UUCUCGCCGUUCCCUCCGCAGCCGAUACCGCCCGCGCUCGCUCCCGCCCCCGGCGCGACACCCGCUUCUAGCAACGGGGAGGCGGCGGCGUCUGCCCGCGACGAGCGGGGGGCGGCAGCGCCCGGUGGGGCUGGGGAGAACCAGCAGGAACAGGGUCUCCUCUCGUUUCUUCACCGCCGGUCUCGGGAGGCGGCGGCGGCCAGGGGAAGCGAGCCCGGGGGGGCCUCGGCUGCGGGCCCCGGCAGCGGGGCGGCCCCGCCCCGAGGCAGGACGAUGCCGGUGAAGAAGAAGAGGAAGUCCUCGGGGGUGGCGGCGGCGGACGACACCGGCCUCAAGAAAUGCAAACUCGGCAGAUCACAAGCAUCUGGUAAAGUAAUAAGUGGAGAGGAGCAUUUUUCAAGCAAAAAGUGCCUGGCUUGGUUUUAUGAAUAUGCAGGUCCUGAUGAAGUUGUAGGCCCUGAAGGAAUGGAAAAGUUCUGUGAAGACAUCGGUGUUGAACCUGAAAAUAUUAUUAUGUUAGUUUUAGCCUGGAAACUAGAGGCUGAAAGCAUGGGAUUUUUUACCAAGGAAGAAUGGUUAAAAGGAAUGACCUCAUUACAGUGUGACUGUACAGAAAAAUUACAGAGUAAAUUUGACUUCUUACGGUCACAGUUGAAUGACAUUUCAUCCUUUAAGAAUAUCUACAGAUACGCCUUUGAUUUUGCAAGGGAAAAAGACCAGCGGAGUCUUGAUAUUGAUACUGCAAAAUCCAUGUUAGCUCUUCUGCUUGGAAGAACUUGGCCACUGUUUUCAGUAUUUUAUCAAUACCUGGAGCAAUCGAAGUAUAGAGUUAUGAACAAGGAUCAGUGGUACAAUGUACUAGAGUUCAGCAGGACUGUCCAUGCAGAUCUUAGCAACUAUGAUGAAGAUGGUGCAUGGCCCGUACUUCUGGAUGAAUUUGUUGAAUGGCAGAAAGUUCGUCAAGCGUCAUAGCAAAAAUUCAAAAGAAAAUGCAAAAGGUUUUUUUUUGUGCCCGCCUGUACACAAAGUAAUGAGAAAAACAAAGGAUUGCAUUUUCAUUCAUAAGAAAGACUUUACAGUAAUUUUUUUUUCCUUUUUUAAGGAGACUUUCUUGUUACAUGUGAUAUGGGCAUUGAACCACACCUCUUCUGAGACUGAAAGUUGGAGUUCUUGUUUUGAGUCUUAUGUUUAUAGCAUUUAUUUCAGAACAAUAAAGAUUCAGAUUUGUGACAAAGGCCUAAAAGUGAAGGAUGUCCCUUGAA